AACGACAACCCUGUUUCCCUGUCUAGCUUAAAAAUUUGCCAACUGCAGAAUCCAGCACUUAAUACUCUCUGACAAAGGGAACGUGAUAUUUUCUUUAACACCAUGAUUCUUCAAUUUAUAUAUGAAAGCUUUGAUUUUAAAAGCUGGAUCAUUUUAAGUUUUGUGUUACUGCUUCUUGUAGAUCUCAUCAAAUAUAGGAAUCCUUCCAGAUUCCCCCCGGGACCCUGGCCUUUACCAUUCCUGGGAAAUGUUUUCACUGAGAUAGAUUUUAGGAACGUGAAUAAGUUGGCUGAAGUCUACGGGAACAUAUUCAGCUUAAGAGUGGGCAGUGAGAAAAUGAUAAUUGUUUCUGGAUAUAAAAUGGUAAAGGAGGCUCUCAUUACUCAGAUUGACAGUUUUGUUGAGCGUCCAAUUGUCCCUCUAUUUCACAAAGUUUUUAAGGGAAUUGGUACGAUACUGAGUAAUGGUUACCUGUGGCGGAUGCAUAGGAAGUUUGCUGUCUCCCAUUUGCGGACAUUUGGAGAUGGAAAGAAAAGUCUUGAGCUCAGAAUCCAACAAGAAUGUGUCCACCUUUGUAAUGCUUUUAGAGCAGAAAAGGGACCUUUUAAUCCCAUGGUCACCUUAAACAGUGCUGUCUCAAAUAUCAUCUCCUGCUUAAUAUUUGGACAACGCUUUGACUAUCAUGAUGAAUAUUACCAAAGAAUUCUGCGUCUUGACACUGAAUGCAUUCAGUUAAUUGGCUCUCCUAGAGCACAGCUGUAUAAUGUGUGUCCUUGGCUCUUGGAAUACUUACCUGGCCCCCAUCAGACUAUUUUUUCCAACUAUAAGCAAAUAACAGACUUCCUGAGAGGAGAGAUCAUUAAACACAGAGAGGACUGGGACCCUUCAAACCCACGUGACUUAAUAGACAACUACCUGACUGAGAUGGAAAAGAAAAAGAGUGACCCUGAGGCUGGUUUUAACAUUGAAGGAUUAGUGGUGACUUGUCUAGACCUGAUUGAGGCUGGGACAGAAACCGCAACUACGACAUUGCGCUGGGGUCUGCUUUUUAUGAUGAAGUACCCAGAAAUCCAAGAAAAGGUACAUGAAGAGAUAGACAGGGUGAUUGGACAGUCACGUCAACCCUGUUUGGCAGAUAGAGUUGAUAUGCCCUACACUGAGGCUGUUAUCCAUGAGAUGCAAAGAUUUGGGGAUGUUGUCCCGCUGGGAUUCCCUAAAAAAGCUGUUAAAGACACAAAACUAGGGGAAUACUUCAUUCCUAAGGGGACCUCUAUUACAGUAAACCUGUCUUCAGUCCUGCAUGAUCCAAACGAAUGGGAAACCCCAGACACCUUUAACCCAGGACACUUCCUGAAUGAAAAUGGCCAGUUUCAGAAAAGAGAUGCGUUCCUGCCAUUUUCAGCAGGUAAGCGAGCGUGUUUGGGAGAGACGCUGGCUCGUCAGGAGCUCUUCUUGUACUUCACCUCUCUGCUGCAGCAAUUCACCAUCUCCAAAUGUCCAGGAGAGGAACCCAGUUUGGAGGGAGAGAUAUGGUUUACAUAUGCUCCUGCUCCCUACCGUAUGUGUCUGUCUUCACGUUAGAGGAUACGCAUACAUUUUUUGUAGCAUGUUUACAUAUAUCUUCUAUGAUAGAACAUCUAUUAUGUAAGUAUUCAUUAUUUGUUACCAUUAAAUAGGCUACACAGUGGUGGUUUAUCUUUAGUGUUUUAAUACUAAUACCUACAGCAUUUGUUCUGAUGUACAAAUGUAUGUCAUAUUACAACAUGCAUAUCUAAUGUAUUAAUAAAAGUUGUAUACUGUG